UGGUAUGCAUUGGACAGAAUGAGCACUAAUGGAAGCAAAAACUUAUAGGACACAACAACUUAUAUAUAUCAAUAUAAUCCCUUUUUUCAGCCUGUACAUAAACAUUCACUCCAGAGCAGAGCAAGCAUGAUUUGUUUUUAGAACAGCCCUUAUUGCAGACAUCCUUACAGUGCAUGUAAUUCUUUGUAAAUAGCAAGCUUUAUGUAUCACCCUGAAGUUCCUGUGACAAUGAUGUUUACAAAAUACAAGAAAUAACACAGAGUUAACUAGCUACUAGGAAGCUUUACUUUGGUAUGUAAAUAUCCUGACAUUUUCUUCAUUCGAUGAAUGAUCAAAUUAAAAAUGCAAGUCUUUUUUGGUCUCCAGUAUUUCUUUAAUUGAUUAUAACUCAACUUGCUUGUAAAUGAUCUCUGACAUUUAAACUCACUGCUUCCUCUAUGAUCUGGAACUUGACACUUCACCACAUUACAAUUAGACUUUUCUAUUGGCUGCUGAUCCAAUUAAAUCCAAGAUGAUCAUAAGAAGUUGCUCAACUUAGUCAAUCUUUUGCUAAGGAUUUUCUAGGUUUAUUAUUUUUUUACACUGCCUGGUUAUUCAUCAGGUACAAAGGUUGAAGGAAAACAAAGUGCUGUUUCACCAUGUUAUUUCUUGUCAGUGCACUGAAAAAUCUACACAUGUGUACAUAUGAUACCUCUAAGAAGCAACAGAAAGGUUCCAAACAUGAAACUCUAUUGGCUUGUGAUCUGGGCUGGAACACUGUUUUUGAAUCCAGUCACUGCUGACUGCAACAUUACUUCCCAAACUGUUGCUUGUGAGGAGUCUGGAAAGAACCUCUUCAGUAUCCCCCUCAAUCUUUUUCAAAAUGUUACUAAAUUAAGCCUCAAAAACAAUAAAAUCACUUUAGAAGAUCGUGACAAAGAGAUUCUUGGACGUUAUAUUAACCUCACUGAACUUCAUCUGAAUGAAAACAACAUUACUGUACUGAACAAUAACAGCUUCUACAAUCUGAAAAAUCUCACAAUUCUGGAUAUUAGCAAUAACUGUAUUAACACAGUUCAUAAAGCAGCAUUUGCAGGAUUAAAUCAACUCUCAGUGUUGAAUCUAUCCUAUAACAUGAUUGCUCAACUGGAUUCAGAUACCUUUAGUUCUCUAGAAAGCCUGACAGUUUUAGAUCUACAGUAUAAUUUUCUGAAAUAUUUUCAUAUACAAUCAUCUUUUAAACCAAUUAAAAUUGUUUUAGCCGGAAAUCCAUGGAUCUGCUCCUGUGACCUUCUUGACUUACAGAUAUGGCUAACUGCCUCCAAUGUGACAUUGGAAAAUGAAAGCAACACUACAUGUACAUUCUCAAACACGGUGGAAAAAAUCUCCAUCAAGAUGGCAGCUAUCCAAACAGCUGACUGCAAAAUUGAAAAGACUUCUUUAGAAAACACUGUAACUUCCACUCCUGCUGCUAAUCUCAGAAGUAGUGCCUUAAUAACAGCUCUGAGUCCAAACAACAUCACUGGAAACAAUGGAACUCGUGCAGAGUUACCACUUGUCGGCAAAAGUUGGACCUUCCUAGCGGGUGUCCUAGGCUUUGUCCUAGGCACUACACUCCUGAUUUUUACUGCUGUAAAAUGCCCGGCAUGGUAUCACUAUGUGAUCAGCUACCGUCACCAUCGUCUGGAAGAAAAUGACACAGAGAUAUUUGAACAGGAGUUCUCAGCAGACAUGAGCCCUUCUCCUUCAGGAUCGGGUACAAGCAAUGAAGAACCCAUUGUAAUAUUUGAGAAAGUUCAUGCAUGUGGAGAUGAAGAAGAUGGAUUUAUUGAGGAUAAAUACAUAGAUAUUUAUAUAAACGAGAAGCGUUAAUGUGUUAAACAACAGAUGCUGAACUGACAUUUCAAAAAGGUGUACACUUCUACUUCCAUUUUAUGCUUUAUUAGAUGUAACACAGAAUGAAGUUAUGCAGCCUAUCUCCUUUCAUCUUGCCAAAUUCAUAAUAAGAUUUUGCUACAUCAAUCAUUAAGUUAAUAAUGGAGUGAUAUGCAUGCAUUAUUGGGACAACAAAUACUCCAAAACAUGCAAAAAAUGCUCAUAAUACACUUUUUAUAAAAACGUAUUUGACUACUUAAGUUGGUGGGCUUAAUGUAUAUUGUUUAACAUGAACAAAGUAGCAGGUGAAGUUGGCAUAAUCAUUAAUGGUUUCAUUGUGAAGAAGUCUAGACGAGAAAAAUAAUUUCUCUAAAAUGUUGAAGCAGUCCACAGCUAGACUGAGGGCUGGCUCCAAAUCAAUGCUGUAACAGCUCUGCAGUCUAUUAGGUAAAACUAACACAAUCAGAGAAUGGGGCAUUUGGGUAUUUUUUUACCCAAAUUAGCAGAGCAAGAAAGACCAACUGCUUUAUUCCCAAAAAUGUUUAUGUACAGUACAACAAUAAAUUACCCUUACUGCACCACUACUGAAUCAAAUAUUUUCUCUUCAUAUUUUCUUAACACUUAAAAAUGCAUACAAGGUAGAACAGACAUUUGUGAGUUGUUGAAAACUACAGUAUUAGUGCAAUGUGACAUUAUUAACCAGCAGAUUGGUUGCUUUGGAGUGCUUAUUGGUAUAUAAAAUCUCACUGCAGAGAUUGCUCUCACUGGCAACAAUCAUGAUCACACAGUUUUCUCCUGCACCUCUUAUGCCUAAAUUAACUAUCUCAAAAACUCACCCUCUGAGCCUAUCACUACAAAAGCCAUUCUCAUAGUCUACAAAUUCUUAUUGCAAGCAUGUCACUAGCCUCAUCUUUCCCUCUAUACAACCCUACUUUACUAGCCAGGCAAAGGUCUAGUUCCCACUCCUGCUUGCUUUCUCCCCUCUGCUACUCCACAACAAAACUCCCAGAAUUUGACAGCAGGGGUUGCCAAAAGACAGGAGUCUCCACUGCCAGCUAACUCUUCCUGGAUGGUAUGGUAAUUAUCUUCAGAGGAGCAACUAGAGUUUAACACUAGGAAUUCCAGCUGCAACCUGGCACUAACGUAUCAUCUUGAAAUUGUUCUGGUCUCACUAGUAAUACGCAUUGCACUGUUAGGGUAAUGGGUAACACCUCCAUUUUCCCAAGCUGAGUUAUGAGAAGUUGAGUUAUUCAAAGAUGAG